UUAUCCUAAUUUAUUUGAUAAAUACAAAACUAACCAGUGACAAACGUCCACGGCUGUACGACACUAUAAUGUGAUAUGUACCUGAAAACUCGAAAUUAGUUUGCGAAAUUAGUUAUUUGGAGAAAAUGUUUUUGUUAAUGCUGUGUCUAGGCCUAGGAGCGAGUGUGGCCAUGGCAAGCCCCCUGUACCCAAACGAGAGAAACAUGGUUCAGUUAACACAAAGCAACUUUGAAGAAGUAAUUAUCAAAAGUUAUCAAAAUGUAUGGUUUGUGCUGUUCUAUAAACCAGACAAUGCAGACUGUAUAGAUUUGGUACCGAAGUGGGACAGGUUUUCCAUACUGAUGGAGGGUUUUAUGAAAACUGCUGUUGUCAAUGCGGACGAAGAGAAGAGUUUAGUGGAUAAAUACAAUAUAAAAACGUUCCCGUCAAUCAAGAUAUUUACUAAUAAUGAAGACAAACCACAUGAUUAUAACGGUUAUUAUAGUACUAUGAGCAUGAUGAAAGAGGUUGAAAACGAGUCGAAAAUCGUCAUGUAUAAAAGAACGCCUGAAUUAAACAUGUUUCAACAUGAAGGCUUGUGAUGACAUGGCCGUGUGUUCUAUGUACAGUAUCUGACACCAGGACCAACCGACCAAAACAUUGCCAUUUUAAACUAAAUAUUAUGAAAAGAAAACUCAAGUCACUGACUUAUAUCCAUGAUACAUAAUUUAUAAAAACAAUUUAAAUUCC